UUGCUCCCUCCCCUCCGCCGUCUCGAGGCGCUUUCCGUUGGGCCGAUUCCCGCCCGCUUCCUCCUGAUCCCCAUCGAAGCUUCAGAGAUGAAUUUUUCCACCUCUACAGAGAGAAACCAGAUUAUGAUGCAUGAUUACCACAGAAGAAAUUCGUGUCUAUAGCUUUUAAGGACUUGAUUACAUCAUUUUCAAGCCUGAUAGUUUUGGAAUCAGCAUUAGAGCUUAAGACACAUUUGCCUUCACUUCACCUACCUAUCUUUAUACCUGGACGAAGUACUACAUAUUAACACUCCUGUAUCUUUGGAUUAUUUAAGACUUCCCAGAAUUACAUUUCUUACCAGUAUAGUAGCCAAAUUUAAAAGAAAAAAUGAUUCCUAAUGGAUAUUUAAUGUUUGAAGAUGAAAAUUUCAUUGAGUCGUCUGUUGCCAAAUUAAAUGCCCUGAGGAAAAGUGGGCAGUUCUGUGAUGUUCGACUUCAGGUCUGUGGCCAUGAGAUGUUAGCACACAGAGCAGUCCUGGCUUGCUGCAGUCCCUAUUUAUUUGAAAUUUUUAAUAGUGAUAGUGAUCCUCAUGGAGUUUCUCAUGUUAAAUUUGAUGAUCUCAAUCCAGAAGCUGUUGAAGUCUUGCUGAAUUAUGCUUACACAGCUCAAUUAAAAGCUGAUAAGGAAUUAGUAAAAGAUGUUUAUUCUGCAGCAAAAAAACUGAAGAUGGACCGAGUGAAGCAGGUUUGUGGUGAUUAUUUACUAUCUAGAAUGGAUGUUACCAGCUGCAUCUCUUACCGAAAUUUUGCAAGUUGUAUGGGAGAUGCCCGUUUGUUGAAUAAAGUUGAUGCUUACAUUCAGGAGCAUUUGUUACAAAUUUCAGAAGAGGAAGAGUUCCUUAAACUUCCACGGCUAAAGCUGGAGGUAAUGCUUGAAGAUAAUGUUUGCUUGCCCAGCAAUGGCAAAUUGUAUACAAAGGUAAUCAACUGGGUGCAGCGUAGCAUCUGGGAGAAUGGAGACAGUCUGGAAGACCUGAUGGAAGAGGUUCAAACCUUGUACUACUCAGCUGAUCACAAGCUGCUUGAUGGGAAUCUACUAGAUGGACAGGCUGAGGUGUUUGGCAGUGAUGAUGACCACAUUCAGUUUGUGCAGAAAAAGCCACCACGUGAGAAUGGCCAUAAGCAGAUAAGUAGCAGUUCCACUGGAUGUCUCUCUUCUCCAAAUGCUACAGUACAAAGCCCUAAGCAUGAGUGGAAAAUCGUUGCUUCGGAAAAGACUUCAAAUAAUACUUACUUGUGUCUGGCCGUGCUGGAUGGUAUAUUCUGUGUAAUUUUCCUUCAUGGACGAAAUAGCCCACAGAGCUCACCAACAAGUACUCCAAGACUAAUUAAGAGUUUAAGCUUUGAGAUGCAACCAGAUGAGCUAAUAGAAAAGCCCAUGUCUCCAAUGCAGUAUGCAAGAUCUGGCCUGGGAACAGCAGAGAUGAAUGGCAAACUUAUAGCUGCCGGUGGCUAUAACAGAGAGGAAUGUCUCAGAACAGUUGAAUGCUAUGAUCCACAUACAGAUCAGUGGUCCUUUCUUGCUCCCAUGCGAACACCGAGAGCCCGAUUUCAAAUGGCUGUACUUAUGGGCCAACUCUAUGUGGUAGGUGGAUCAAAUGGCCACUCAGAUGACCUGAGUUGUGGAGAGAUGUAUGAUCCAAACAUAGAUGACUGGAUUCCUGUUCCAGAAUUGAGGACUAACCGCUGUAAUGCAGGAGUGUGUGCUCUGAAUGGAAAAUUAUACAUUGUUGGUGGCUCUGAUCCGUAUGGUCAGAAGGGACUGAAAAAUUGUGAUGUAUUUGAUCCUGUAACAAAGUCAUGGACAAGCUGUGCUCCUCUUAACAUUCGUAGACACCAGUCUGCAGUCUGUGAGCUCAGUGGUUAUUUGUACAUAAUUGGAGGUGCGGAGUCUUGGAAUUGUCUGAACACAGUAGAACGUUACAAUCCCGAAAAUAACACCUGGACUUUAAUUGCACCCAUGAAUGUGGCUAGGCGAGGAGCUGGAGUAGCUGUUCUUGAUGGAAAACUGUUUGUAGGUGGUGGCUUUGAUGGUUCUCAUGCUAUAAGUUGUGUGGAGAUGUAUGAUCCAACUAGAAAUGAAUGGAAGAUGAUGGGAAACAUGACUUCACCAAGGAGCAAUGCUGGGAUUGCAACUGUAGGAAACACCAUUUAUGCAGUGGGAGGAUUUGAUGGCAAUGAAUUUCUGAAUACGGUGGAAGUCUAUAACCUUGAGUCAAAUGAGUGGAGCCCCUAUACGAAGAUUUUCCAGUUUUAACAAAUUUAAGAUCCUUUCAAACUAA